UUAUUCAGAGUCAAAUAGUAGCAGAGAUUAUACGCGUUUCUUGAUUCUCCAUCUCGUGUCCGAGGCCCUCUGUUCUCGUUUUACUGUUUUGUUAAUGUUGAAUCCCUACUCUUUUGAUCGCGGCGUUGUUUAACCCUAAUUGCAUUAGAGGGACGCCUGAGAUCACAGCGCAGGAAGAAGACAAAUGGCGACCAAGGGAAUGACGAGGAGAGAGCUUUUGGACCGAUGGAGAGGCAUUGAAGAAGAGGACGACGAUGACGACAAUGCCAAUGUUGCUUCUGCUUCUCACUCAAGACCACGCCCUAGUCUCCACCACCUCAAAGAGGAAUGGUUUUCAGAUGCAUUUAACUUUUUGAUUUGUUUGCCUAAAGAAAAUCAUAUCUGGUGCAACUCUUGGGAUUUAAUGGGACCCCUUCUGGAGACAUUCUACAAUUAUUUUAGAGAUGACCGCCAUGAUUCUCCUUUGAAGCUUUUAUGGAAGAGGAUAUCUGAAGAAAUGCGACGAUGCACACAAUGCAUCUGCCAGCAUCAUCAAGCCCAAGAGACAUAUAUUUUGGAGUAUGAGUUGAGUUCUGUUAGUCCCCUUCUUAUUGUACUCCAGAGUCUUGAUGAAGAAAGGGUAACUCAGCACCUGAAAGAUAUCAAUUCAAGAAUAGGACAAGGAGAGUAUGAUCCUGUGCGUGAUAAUGCUGAAGUUGUUAGUGUCAUGUUUGAGGUUUUGAUGUUCCCUGUUCUGUUGGAUGAUCAGUCCCUGGUCAAUGAGUUUCACAUAUUUAUUGAAGCUAUUGAUAAUUCUCAUGAACUUGCUUUGGAGGGACAUCAACAGUAUCCAGGGGUUUAUGCUUUGCUUUUCCUUAAAAGUAGAAGAGUACGCUCUAUUGGUUUGCGCCUAGCUGGAAACAUGGGGAAGUUGAGGAGAGCAAUAGAUUUGGAACCUUUGCAGCCUUUUCUGAAAAAAUGCAUUGGCUUUUUGGAGACAGAAGUUUUGCCAUCAAUUGUUGAGACCUCAAGGCCUAGGGUGCAGCUAGAGCGUACAACUCUAUGGCUUGGGAUCAAAGCAUUGCUUGGGUUUUUAGAGCCUCCAGCAUUUGAAGAAGGCAUAUUGGAACGCUAUCCUGUUUUUCUUAGUAUCGUACUCAACCAUAUCAGUGAUGAUUCAGUUGAAUUUUCUUAUGCAGUUAAUUGCCUAAGACUACUCUUUGAAAUGCUGGGAUGCAAACUUUGGUUAAGGGCUGCAUUAUCUCCAAGUGUAAUGCGCAACACACUUUUGGGUCAGUGUUUUCAUACUAGAAAUGAGAAAAGCCAUAAGGAAAUUUUUGAUCUUUUCCAGCCCUUUCUGCAGUCUCUUGAAGCUUUGCAAGAUGGUGAACAUGAAAAGCAGCGAAGGCAUUUUCUUUAUUUUCUCCUACAUCAAGUGACUGUUAGCAGUAAUUUCAGCACUCUGAUGAAAAAGAAGGCUUGUCAGAUAGCACUUCUCAUCGUUCACCGAGGUUAUAAGAUGAUUCCACCUAGCCCGCCAUUUGAAUGUGCACAUAUGUGGGGUCCUACUCUGGUGUCCUCUCUGAAGGAUUCAUCAUUACACAGUUCUCUGAGACAACCUGCAUUUGAUCUUAUUCAAACUAUUAUAGUCUCUGAUGCUGCAGCUUUGAUGACUUCAGUGCUGAACUGUCGGACAUCUAUAAGCAUCGGCAAGAGCAUGUCUUCUGAGUUAUGUGAUGAGAAUGAGGAUGAGGACGAGGACGAGGAUCUUUUGUUUGUUAAUGAUGCUGAAGAGAAAGGUGGUAAUUGUUGGAAUGAGUUUACUUUGCAGGGUAAAGUCACCUCUCGAGAAUUUGGGGAAUGGAUGUGCAUACCUAUGUUGUGGUUUGAUGUAUUAGUUGAAAUGGAUCCCUUAGUACUGCCUAUAUCAUUUUCCAAGGCUGUUCUCUGGGCUUUAUCUCGAUUAUCUCUGGUUGAACCUGAGAAUAGCACAGAAUUGUCAAUUCCAGUUCGAAGUUGGUUAUCAACCUGCGCCUCAGAAAUCUUGUAUCUAAUAGGGUGGAAGGUUCCAUCUGGUUUUGAUGAUGAUGGAAGUAGAAAAGAGUCAACAAACUCAAUUAAAGUCUCAUCAAUGUGUUUACCUUUAAUAAAAACAUUCAAGAGAUUAACUGCCCAUUUUGUUCUUAUCAUGGAGCAUGGGGAGCUUCAGAAACAGUGGACCUGGGAGCCAAGGAUGAGCGAAAGCUUGAUUCUUACACUUGUGGAUCCUAAUGAUAAUGCUAGGCAGGCUGGUAGACGUAUCCUUGAACAAAUUUCGAACACGCGUGGCCUUGCUUGUGGUUUGCAGUUUCUUUGCUCCUGCUCUUCUUCUCUUUCUGCUGUUCUUUUUGGUCUGAGACUUGCUUUGAAAUUGGUUCCAAUGAAUUUGGUCUUGCUGAACUUCCAGAGUUUACAUCAUUUCUUCUUUGUUAUAUUUAAACUACUGAAGGAAGGGGUUAAAUCUACCCUCACUGUGACUGAAAACUCAUCAGAUGACCCAAGCACCUCAAAGUUCUCUUUGCGAGGUGGGUUUCUGUGGGAACCAGUCUUUCAUUCUGUGCCGAAUAAUGUAGAUGUACAUUCUGCAAAUGUUAACUUACCAUCUUGGGAGAAGUUUGGGUUCUUACUAGCAGGAAUCACGUGGCCUUUCAUUCAGAAGUGCCUGGAAGAAGGGAAGACAUUUGUUGAUAGCAAAAUUUCCCAGAUGACUUGUGUCCGUCUACUUGAGAUCCUUCCUGUUGUUUAUGAAAGGCUUUGUCCACCAUUUGAUAAACUAUCUGGGAGGUCCAGCAGGAUGUUGGACAAAUUUAUUGAUUACAAAUGGCUUAAUGAUUUGAUGGAUUGGGGAAGAUCAUCACUUCCUGUCAUACUUAGAUAUUGGAAACAGACUGUGGUUUCUUUGCUAGGCCUGCUUAAGCGGUCAUGCAGUGAUAUGUCUACUUCAGUGAUCAGGGCCAUUGAGAAGCUUAUGUCAUGUGAAACUGUUGCAAUGGAUGAAUUGAUAGAGCAAGUUUCACACCUUUCUGUUUCUCUAUCAGAUGGGGGUUCUUAUGUAAUUAAAGAAAAUAAGUUGACUUUGGGUUCAUUAGCCUCUGAAGAUUUGUUUAGGAAGAAGUUUUCAGAGCAUGAUGGAAAACUUUCCUCCUUGGAAAAUGCAGAUGUGCAGAUUCUAGCCACAUUAUCAUCAGCGAAAAAGAGUAAUAAUGAUACUGUCAUUGUCCUUUCAGACGACGAGAUACCGCUGGAAGAUUCUGCCAACAAGGCCAACCUAUCUAAAGUGCGGGCAAGUCAGUGUGUUUUGGAUGACAACAACCAGACUGCUGGUGCUGCUGUGGAAGUUUCUUGGGGUGAUCUUGCAAAAAUGAAUGUUUUCACCAAUGACACUUCAGAGAAUUCCAUAGGUGGUAUACAGCAAGAUAAUGCACUUUCUGAUUUGGGUUUUGUCCACCAGAAAUCAGACUCAAAUAUGCUGAAAGGCAGAGAGGACCCAGCAGAUCUUGUCAUAUCAAAAGAUAUUGAUAGUAAAAUGAAAGAAACAAAGUCCAAGCCUAGUGAAAAUGAUUCCUUUUCAUUACGAUGUAAACCUAAUCUCAAGAGUUCAUCCAGUGUGAUGGUUGGUUCCAAAAGUCUCAAUGAACAAUCUUUCAAUAAGGGUUCAGAAACAAGUGACACUGUCAUAAAAGAAUUGGUGUGUGAUACUGAAGAUGAUCCUUGGGAGUUUGCAGCAAGAAGUUCUGGUCGUCAAAAGUCAUAUACGAUAAAAUCAAGCUCUUCUGUCCCUAAAAGGCAAGUCAUUCAACUUAAUUUACAUGUGGAAAACAGAUCUGGCCACUUACAUAGGCUGGAAAAGGGAAUAAAAAGAUUCAAGCCUCCUCGGCUUGACGAGUGGUAUAGACCCAUCCUGGAGAUAGAUUACUUUGCAACAGUGGGAUUAGUAUCUGCAAAUGGAAAGGAUGAUCAAACUGUUAGCAAAUUAAAAGAGGUCCCUCUGUCUUUUCAUUCACCUGAACAAUAUGUAGAGAUUUUCCGACCGUUGGUGUUGGAAGAGUUUAAAGCACAGUUGCGUAGUACCUUUAUGGAGACAUCUUCUGAAGAGAUGUCUUGUGGCAGUCUGUCUGUCCUUUCUGUUGAAAGGAUUGAUGAUUUUCAUAUUGUUCGCUGUGUCCAUGAUGAUGGGGAUCCUGCAGGUCGUAGAAGUUGCUCAGAAAAUGACCUCAUUUUACUUACCAGACAACCUCUGCAAAAUUCUUCACAUGAAGUUCACAUUGUUGGCAAGGUGGAGAGGCGGGAGAAAGUUGACAAAAGAAGAUCAAGUAUCUUGGUUAUCAGGUUUUAUCUUCAAAAUGGAUCUUCACGUAUGAAUAGAGCUAGAAAGUUCCUUACUGAAAGAAGCAAAUGGUAUAUUAGUCGCAUUAUGAGCAUUACACCUCAACUUCGAGAAUUUCAUGCACUUUCUUCAAUAUAUAAUAUCCCUCUGCUUCCUGUUAUCUUGAAUCCUGUCAAUCAUCCUUUUGGUCAUUAUGGAUCUAGAAAAGAGGACCUCAGGAAGUUGCCCCAACCGCUUUUCCAUAUUCUCAAAUCUUCAUAUAAUGACAAUCAACUUCAAGCUAUCGGUGCUGCUAUUGGGCCUCCAGAUUCAAAAGGAGGAUAUGAAAUGUCUCUUAUACAGGGUCCUCCAGGUACAGGAAAGACGAGAACUAUUUUGGCCAUCGUCAGCGGCUUAUUUGCUUUUUCAUCACAGAAGAGUGAUAUAAAGAAACAACUAAAUGGCAGCUUAAAACGAAGUGAUACUCUAUUCUCUAGUUCGAAGCCCUGUUUUAGUCAAUCUGCGUUGAUUGCAAGGUCUUGGCAGGAUGCGGCAUUGGCUCGACAGUUAAAUGAUGAUGUAGAAAAGAGUUGCAAAUCCAUGGGAAGCUGCACAAGGGGGAGGGUGCUUAUAUGUGCACAAUCCAAUGCUGCAGUUGAUGAAUUGGUAUCAAGAAUAUCUAGUGAAGGGAUUUAUGGAAGUGAGGGAGCAAAGUACAAGCCAUAUCUUGUAAGGGUUGGAAAUGUGAAGAGUGUUCAUGCUAAUUCACUACCGUUCUUUAUUGACACACUUGUUGAUCAAAAGUUGGCAGUGGAGAGGUUGAAUGCUGGUGAUGGGAAGAAUGAUACCGGCAUUGACACUUUAAUGUCUCUCCGUGCUAGUUUAGAGAAAUUAGUAGACCGUAUUCGUUUUUAUGAAGCCAAGCGUGCUAACUUAAGAGAUCGAGAUGCCAACUUGAAAAGUCUGUUGGAAGGAGAAGCUUCUAAGGUGGAUGAUGGGAAGGAAUUAUCUGAUGCUGAAAUAGGUGCAAAAUUAAGAAAAUUAUAUGAGCAAAAGAAAGCAAUUUAUAAGGAUCUUUCCAUUGCUCAGGCAAGGGAGAGGAAAGAAAAUGAAGAAAGCAAAGCUCAAAGACAAAAGUUGAGGAGGUCCAUAUUAAGAGAAGCCGAAAUUGUGGUAUCUACCUUGAGUGGAUGUGGUGGAGAUCUAUAUGGAGUGUGCUCUGAAUCUCUUUCAAGCCGUAAAUUUAGCACCUUAUCUGAGCAUGCUCUUUUUGAUGCCAUAGUAAUUGAUGAAGCAGCUCAGGCUCUGGAACCAGCUACUUUGAUUCCUUUUCAGCUUUUAAAAUCAGGAGGAGCUAAAUGUAUAAUGGUUGGUGAUCCAAAGCAGCUUCCUGCUACAGUUCUCUCUAAUAUUGCUAGCAAGUAUCUGUAUCAAUGCAGCAUGUUUGAACGCUUACAAAAGGCUGGUCAUCCUGUCAUUAUGCUUACUAUGCAGUAUAGGAUGCACCCAGAGAUAUGCCAUUUUCCCUCAGUGCAUUUUUAUGACAAGAAGUUGCUAAAUGGUGAUCAGAUGUGUGCCAAGUUAGUACCAUUUCACGAGACUGAGGGCCUUGGACCCUAUUUAUUCUUUGACAUUGUUGAUGGACACGAACUUCAUGGAAGCAAUUCUGGUGGACUGUCCCUCUACAAUGAGUGUGAGGCUGAUGCUGCUGUUGAAAUACUAAGGUUUUUCAAGAAGAGGUACCCAUCAGAAUUUGUUGGUGGGAGAAUUGGCAUCAUAACUCCAUAUAAGUGCCAACUUUCGCUUUUGCGUUCUCGGUUUUCAAGUGCGUUUGGAUCCUCUAUUUCAGCUGAAAUGGAAUUCAAUACAGUGGAUGGUUUUCAAGGCAGGGAAGUUGAUAUAUUGGUACUUUCAACAGUUAGAGCAGCAGGAACCUUCUCUGCACCGACAAAGAUAAACUCUAGCAGUAUCGGAUUUGUGGCGGAUGUAAGAAGGAUGAAUGUUGCUCUGACAAGGGCUAGGCUUUCCCUGUGGAUUUUGGGUAAUGCAAAAACAUUGCAGACAAACCAUAACUGGGCCGCUCUUGUUAGGGAUGCUAAAGAAAGAAAUUUGGUAAUAUCAGUUAAAAAACCCUAUGAAUCCAUGUUCCAGUCAGGUUUCAAGAAGGAUCCUGUUAUAGAAAAUUCUGAUAAUUGUUCAAAAGAGCGGAAGGGUAGUGGAAAGGUUAAAAAUGCUACUUGGCAUGCUGAACAAAAACAGAAUCAUUCAGGGAAAAGCCACAAAAGUGAAAAAGGCCACAUCACCUCCAAAUCUUGUCAAGACAAGGCAACUAAAGUUGAAGAGUAUAAUUCCACAAGGGAAAAUGUUAAAACCAGCAAAAGAGUCAGAAAUGAACAUGAUCUUUCAGUUAAGAAGGAUCACAAAGCUGCAGCUCUUGCAAGUAGUGAGUGCAGAACCUCCAAGUAUAUGCAAUCUUUUGUCACAGGUAGGCAAGGUGAUGAAAGUAGAGGAAGACAUAAGAAGGAAAUAGAAACAGCAGUGCUGCUAGCAGAAGGCAGUAUCCAGGAGAGAGGUAUGAAUGACAGAGGCAAAGCUUUGAAUAAAGUUGACAUGCCCAAAGAUGCAAACAUGAAAAGGAGACAACAGAGGGAUGCUGUUGAUGCUCUUCUUUCUUCAGCUCUCAUUUCUUCUAAAAGGACUGAAAUUUCGUCAAAAUCUUUGCCUGUUAGAAGAUCUGUAUCACCAAAUUCAACUACAGGUCGAGGGAUAAAACCAUCCAAACUAAGAAAAGUGUGAUCCUCUUCAAGCGCUACAGGAGAAUGCCGUCAAGUACCACGGUAAGAGGUAGAAAUCUCAGAACUUUGAGGAAUUUUGAUGAGGGUCUUGAGUACCAUUAAUAAUUGACUGAAGGAACCAAGAUUAUCUUGUAUCAUGCAACAACAGAGAGCAGUACCGGAAACAUAUAUGGGUUCCUUCCUCUCUUGGCCAUCCAGGAAAAAAUUAAGGUGGUAGUUGCUUUCUUCUCUGGACUUGAAAUUUAGCGUAGGAGCCAUAAUUGGGUUUGGUAUAAUGUUUAGGAUUUCAAACCGUGAUAGUGUGUCCCUUUCUGUUAAUGCCUUGUACAGUAAAACUUGUAUAGUGUAAUUGGGUUCCUUCCAAACUCUUGGUCUAUUUUGGUUUGGUGGUGUUAUUAUACCAGCGAUUUACGUGAUCUUUGUUAAACCCUUGCUAAUUCAGUUCUUCCACUGGUUGUAAUUCUUUGAGUUUAACCAACGUUUGGUGCACAAAAUUUUAACAUGCUAGUAGUGAUUUUAAAUUAGAAG